GCGGCGGGGAGGGGAGCGGCGCGAGGACGAGAGGGGUGCGCGCGCGAGGCCCAGAGGAUUAUUACAAUGAGUCUACGGAAGCAAACUCCCAGUGACUUCUUAAAGCAGAUCAUAGGACGACCAGUUGUUGUAAAGUUAAAUUCUGGAGUGGAUUACCGAGGUGUCCUAGCUUGCCUCGAUGGCUACAUGAACAUAGCCCUAGAGCAGACAGAAGAGUAUGUAAAUGGACAGCUAAAGAACAAGUAUGGAGAUGCCUUUAUCCGAGGGAAUAAUGGGGUAGCCUGCUUGCCAAGUAUCAGCGUGAACGCUCUUCCUAGUGUUGUAUAUCAGUACACAGAAGAGAAGGAUGUGAAGAGAGCAAGAGAGUGAUACAUUUUGAACUUUGAUAUAUUUUUAAAUUCUAAUUUUUUUCAUUUGGUUUUAGUUAUGUAAAGUUCCUGUUGCCUUUAAAGCGAGAGAUUCCAUCCUCCACAUUUGUUUUGCUAUUUUCUUAAUGUCUCUGUCAGCAAUUUGCAGAAAGUUAUAGUAAUAAAAGGAUGACAGGAUGUGUGUUUGAAUAAUUUCCCAUGA